GCCACCGACUUUCUCCCCCUUGAAAAAACCCGGUGAGAUCUUGAUGAAUUUCUCUUCCUUUCUUGUUAAAUCACAAGAUUUGGGGCUUAGAAUCUUCCCUCUCAACCCAGGAAAUCUCGGUUCUGCUCUGUUCUUCUCCUUUGUCCGUCGGGUUCUGCUGGGUUUGAAUCCUUCGGUUUUUCUGCCGUGAGUUUCCCCUGAAUUUUUCUGUACAUGCCGCCGGCCUCCACCCCAAACCCGCCAGCUCCAGCCUUGCUUGCUGAAAAUUUCUGGUUCUCGAUUGUUCUGUCAGUUAGCACUGAGAUUGAGUGCUCAGUUUUAUGCGAGCAUGAUUGGAAUGAAGAUGAGGAUUUUAUUGAUUUUCUGGAAAUGAGCAUGAUUGAGAAAUGAAAAUGAGAAUUUCAUUGUUUUUCUGGAGUUGAGCAUGCCCAUUUGGGAAUUGACUGAAAUGCUUUGAUGAACUGAGAAUUUUGUAAAUGUUGAGUUUUCUGUUAAAUCCAUGCCUGCAUGGAUAUUUUUCGGUUGUUCUGAAAUUCAGGAUUGAUUGUGAAAUUCAGGUUUUUCUGUAAAUCCUACAUGGUUUUGUCUCGGAUAUAGUCAUGAUUACUGACGCCCGCUAGUGGGAACUGUAAACGCUAGCACAUGUCGACAUGUAUUUCUGUAGAACCGGUUCACCCUGCCAAUGGGGUUAAACAUUGGGCAUUACUGAUGCCUGCCAGUGGGAGUUUGUAAACACUGGUACUAUUACUGACGCCUGCCAGUGAGAGUUGUUAAACACUGGUACCAUUACUGACGCCUACCAGUGGGAGUUUGUUAAACACUAUUACUUUUGAAACCUUACCAAUGGGGUUAAACAUUGGUUAUUACUACGCCUGCCAGUGGGAGUUUGUAAACACUAGUACCAUUACUGAUGCCUGCCAGUGGGAGUUGUUAAACACUGGUCAUGACUUAUUGAUGAGACUACUGAACUGAGUUUUAUUCUAUAUGAACGGUUUAUCAUGAAGGCUUUGAUAUUGAACUGAAUCUGAUUUUGUUUUAACGGUUUGUCAUUGAACGUUUUGCUAUUGAACUGAAUUUGAUUCCGCAUUAACGAUUUAUCAGUGAAAGUUCUAUUAUACUUACAUGGUUUAUUUGGCAUGCUUAAAAGUUUUACCCAAGGGCUAUCCAUAUUUACUUACUGAGUUAUCUCAUAGUUUUCCUUGUCCAUCAUUUCAGGAAGCGAUACCGAGGACGGGGAAACCAAGGGGAGUGACGAGUUAGAAGGCUAGCCACCUGUAAAUUGAUACGGAUUUUAGACAUAGAUUUUAGAAAUAAAUCGUGAUAUGGUAA